AUGCUCAUAUUGUGUGACACAGGUGCCACGGUCGGUCUGUCGUCGGGCAAUAAAAAACCAGACAACCACAGAAGUACAGAGGAGGAGGAGGAGGAGGAGGAGGAGGAGGAGGGGCAGAAGGAGGAGGAGGAGGAGGAGGGGCAGAAGGAGG